GAGAGAGAGAGACAGAUAGGUGAUAGAGACCGGAACUUUAUAUGCAUACAUUAACACAAGAUCCCGUCUGUUUCACGCAUACGCACCAGCUGCGCAAAUUAGUCACCACCACUACAAUUAUCUCUUCCUGUUUUAUAGCCAUAUCUCCCUCCUCUUUUCUCUCUCUCGCUCUCUCUCUGGAUAUGCAUAUACAUGGAUAGAGAGAGUGGGCAAACUGGGUUGCAUUUAUUUUGAUCUUUUUUGGAUCACUCAACAGACACACCACACCGCCAUCAAUCUCAUGUCUCCAUCUCUGUUCUUGCUAAUGUGCUCAGGAUGCCCAUGCAGGAAGGAAUUCAUAAUUACAGUAUGGAAUUCACAGGAGCUCCACCGGCUGUAUGCAGUACAGAAGUCGAUGAUGAAGCGCUAUUCAAAGUAUACAUUUCCAGAAAGACAUUUGAUGGGCUCCACACAAUUCGUGUUAGAUGAUUCCUUCUUACUAGAAGAUCAAGAUUUCUUUUCUAGACUUCAGCAGAAACCUCUUGAUCUUCGACUUUCAACUGGUAGCUCUAGCGAGGAUGACAUCUUAGAUGGUGUGGAAGUAAAUCUUUCUUUGAGCAUCGGGAGGAGUACCAAUAAAAGAAGCAGAAUUUCCGGAAACAAUUGGAAGAACAAGAUUGUAUACCCGUUGUUACUAGAUGUAAUUGAUCUAGAGGAAUCUAAUGAAACAGGAUCAAACGAGGAGGCCCAGCCUGUUUUUUCUCUAGAUCAAUCCAGCCGAAACUCUACAGAUCGUUUGAAGAUAGGCCCGUUUUGUAGGAAGGCAAGAUCUUCGAUGAAUGAUGGCAUGCAUCAGGAAUGGAGCUCUUUCAAUCAAGGAUCCCACGAGCAGGAUGAUGUCAAACAGAUGAGAGUGGUGGAUCUUGAUCUCAACAAAGAUCAACCAAAUGAUUCUUCUUUUCACUCAAAUGAACCCUUGGAACCCUAUCCUUCAUCUGAUAGCUCAUAUGGCGAAUCUUGCAAUCAAAUAAAAAAACCCAUCAAAGUUUCCACUUCAAUUCCCACAUCGAAGCAACCAAAAAGUCAAACUAGUGCGAUAGAGGUCCAAACUGAACCCUGCUGUAUAGAUCUCAAGUCUCUUCCUGAACCCUCAUCGGAUCUUUCUGAAGAAAAAGAGAUGCAUGAAGUAAUAGAACAAAAGGAUAAAGAAGAUUCUGAUUGCAUCAUACGAAAUGCAGCGCUCUCACUUAUCUCUAUAUCGCUGCAAGAAACUUCAACUAGGAAUCAAGAUUCCGAAACCAGAUCAGGGUCAAAUGAGAUUGAAAACAAUGAUGAAAAAAAGAAGAAAACGAUCCCAGAAUCUUCUAUUGAUUCUUACGAGUCACUUGUGUUGAAGCUAGAAGAAAGCAGCAUAGAUGAAGAUUCUGCAACAUCAAAAGCGUUUGAAAUAAACAAAUUGGAUCAGAAGGAAAAUGGGAUCAAGUUAAGAAGAGGAAGGAGACUGAAAGAUUUCCAGAAAGACAUACUUCCAACAUUGUCCUCGCUCACCCGACAUGAAAUCUGGGAAGAUAUCAACAUUUUGGAGGGUGUGAUUAGGUCCAGAGAAUACAAACGGCUGCAAAAAGCGAAAACCGGCAAAGGCGAAAACUGGUUUACACCUGUGAGAAACAAACGAUCGAAGGUCAAUUACGUUAGUGGAAGGUGUUGUUUGCGAAAAAAGAAACAGAAGCUUUCAUAUGCUGCUGAAAAGGUAGAGUUAUUAUGAAAUAGAAGCAGAUAAAGAUCGACUCUUGGAUUUCUAGUUUUUGUUUCUGAUUAUAGUUCUAGUUUCUAGUUUCUUGAAAUUGAACUUCAACCAUGGGCAUCUCUUUUGAUGCAUUCUCUUUACUGUUUUUAGAAAAGAUUUCUGGUAGGCAACAUCAUAAUCACAUAAAUAGCUUCUUUGCAAC